AUGACGGUGCAGGAAUAUGUGAACAAGUUUGAACACCUAGCGAGACAUGAGCUGAAGAGGGUGGUAACACCGUUGCGAGAGAGAAGAUUCCCAGUUUUGGUGGAACAGGCCAAGAGUGCUGAGGACCUGGAGAAGGGCCCUGGCCCAGUUGUGAGUAGACAUCGGAGGAAUGUCGCAGAGGCGAGGCAGAUGAAGAAGUCAUACAGCCGACCACAAACAUCUCAGGGUCCCACUUGCUAUCAGUGUGGCAGACCCCAUUUAAAGAGAAAUUGUCUACAGCUGACAGGUGGAGUGGGUGGGUCAAGCGACCGUCGCAAGUGCUUUAUAUGCGACAAACCGGGACACUUCGCCAACAAUUGCUUAGAAAAGAAGAAUUUGGGUGUGAAGAAGCCAGCAGCAUCGCCAGUAGAGAGAGCUAGAGCGGCUGGCAGGGUCUUUGCUUUGACUUCCACAGAGGCUACUAAAUCAGGUAAUCUCAUCCUCGAGCCAUGUUUGUUGUUGGGUCAGUUAGUCUUGGUGUUGUUCGAUUCUGGAGCAACACAUUCUUUCAUUGCUAAUGCGUAUGUGGGGAGAUUGAAUUUGGUGAAACGCAAUUUGGGGUGUGAGUUGCUUGUUUCAACUCCCUUCUCAAGUCAAGUGGCUACCUUUCAGUCUGCGUUGGGUGUUCAAUGGAAGUGGCAGGUCGCAAAUUCAAGUUUGGUAUUCCCAGAACAUGAAGGAUUGGAGCUAAUCUCGGCUCGGAGAGCGAUUAUUGAAGUGGAAGCUGGAGCCACCUAUUUUAUGGUAGUGGCUCAUGUAGAGAAGAAUAACAUCGCCGAGAAGAUCAGUGUGAUUCUAGUAGUGGAGGAGUAUGCAGAUGUGUUUCCAAAUGAAAUACCAGAGUUGCCACCGAGUAGGGAUGUAGAUUUCACCAUCGAUCUUAUCCCUGGAGUUGUCCUAGUAUCCACGGCGCCUUAUAGAAUGGCACCAGCAUAG